AUGAACACUAUCGACGGCUCAGACCGUCAUGUAAAGACAGAAGAAGCACCUCCGCCUUCGCUGCUGGCCAUUGUGCUGGAUACCAACCCACAUGCCUGGGCGCACCUAUCGUCGACGCUCUCGCUGUCGGCCGCCCUGGCCAAUAUCCUGGUCUUUAUUAACGCGCACCUGGCGUCCGGCAACACCAACGAGGUGGCCGUCAUCGCAUCGCAUUCGCACAAGACGACGUUUCUCUACCCAUCGCCGACGAAGCCGCAGCGGCAGCCACGCCAUGGCGCUACCAAUGGGGACGUGGAAAUGAAUGGAAACGGGAAUGGCCAUGGGCAGCAUGCGGCUGAAAGCGCGAACAAGUACCGGCCGUUUGCUGUAGUGGAGAGCACGAUACUGCAGAACUUUGUCAAGCUGCUGAACGAGACCAAGGAAAGCCACCUGGAAGCGACGCCCACGACACUGAUCGGUGGUGCGCUCUCUCUAGCGCUUACGCACAUCAACAAGCAAACUAUUCUACAUGCGCCAACGGCUGCCUCUGCCGAGAGUGCUUCUCUCGCAGCGCUCGCCGACUCGGAGAACACGCACGUCGACCGAGUGUCCCUCACGUCUCGCAUCCUCAUUGUAUCUGUGUCUGGCGACCUAGCCAAUCAAUACAUACCCGUCAUGAACUCGAUUUUCGCGGCCCAGAGGAAGCGGAUACCCAUCGACAUCUUGAAGCUUGCUGGUGACACGGUUCUGCUGCAGCAGGCGAGCGAUGCGACGGGAGGCGUGUACAUGAAGCCGGAGCGGCCAGAGGGUCUGCUCCAGUAUCUGAUGAUGGCAUUCUUGCCCGAUGUGACGGCAAGAUGCAGCCUGGUGGUUCCCAGCGCUGGCGGAGUUGAUUUCCGGGCUGCGUGCUUCUGUCAUCGAAAGGUUGUUGACAUUGGCUUCGUGUGCAGUGUGUGCUUAAGCAUCUUCUGCACGCCUGAUCUUGCCGAGAACCUGUGCCUCACAUGCGGUUCUUAUCUCUCGCUACGAAGCGCAGUGACCAAGGCGCCGGCGCUGAUUCCACGGAAAAAGAAGAAGAAGAAGAAGAAGGCCGGGAUGGACUCUGCGACACCAGGGGCGAAUACUCCGGCAGGGUCUGGGACUCCUGUGCAUCCUUGA